CUUAAUUAAUUAGAAACACACUCAUCCUUUUCAAUUCCUUGCUCUUAUAUUCCUUUGAUUACGAGCUAAGCUAAGGGAACUUGAAGUAAUGGAUAGAGUAAAGGAUUUGGCAUCAAAGAAGGCUGCAGUUAUAUUUACCAAGAGUUCAUGUUACAUGUGCCACAGCAUCACGCAACUGUUUUAUGAGCUUGGAGCAAGCCCUGCGGUGCAUGAGCUUGACAAGGAUGCUUAUGGUAGGGAAAUGGAGUGGGCUUUAAGGAGUAUGGGUUGUAACCCUUCAGUGCCAGCAGUGUUCAUAGGUGGAAAAUUUAUAGGGUCAUCAAAGGAUGUUAUAUCCCUCCAUGUUGAUGGCUCUCUCAAACAAAUGCUCAUGGCUGCAAAGGCCAUAUGGUUUUAGUCACAACAUGAACUUGAAUAAUAAGAAGCUAUUGCUCCGUAGCUGUAAAAUGAAGGAGCUCAAACAAUGUUCUAAGUGAGGGACACCCCUUCUUUUUCUUGAGUGUCCUCUUUAGCUUGUAUGAAAGAGGAAGUAUGUGUAAAAAGUAGUCUUGCUUUUUUGGUAUUUUAUCAAAGGCUGGCUUAUACUAUAUAGCUA